ACAAAAGUAGGUGUGACUGUACUGGUAUCUUGCUAGCACUGAGCAGAACAAGAAGUCCCAGCUAUAGUUAAUUAGCUAUAGAUGCUGCCAAAGACUGAGGAGAGUUGAGAUGGCGUGUGCCCAGCCACUGGAACACCACCCUCAGAGCAGCCCCUGCAACAGUAACGAGCCCCACCCCCAAAGCAGCCCCUCCCACCCAAAGCUGCAAGUGAUGGUCGCAGGCAGCGAUGAGACGGAUGGGUCGUUCAGUAUACCUUCUUACUCAAGUGGACUGCAUCCAGUGCUCCGUAGUCAAGGCUCUAACAGAGUGCAGUCUCACAGACAAAGGAUUGUGAGAGAGAUCUAUGACACUGAGCACUCAUACAUAUCCCAGCUCACAACCAUAGUCUCUAUGUUUCUGAAGCCGAUACGAGUGGGCUGUCUCCUCCCCCAGGUCACCAUUACAGCCAUCUUCUCCAAUAUAGAGGCCAUUCUCUCCGUCAACCAAGAGCUGUUUGCCUCCAUGAGGAAGAGGAGUCUUGGAGAAGCCUUUUCUCAUCUCGGGCCCUUCCUAAAGCUCUACUCCACCUUCGCUGAAAACUACCAGCAGGCAAACGAAACAUUGCAGGAGUGCCUAAGGCAAGACUCUGAUUUCUCGAGUUUUGUGGUAUCGACUGAGUCUCGUCCGGAGUGCUGCGGCCUCCGCCUCUCCUCGCUCCUCAUCACUCCUGUGCAGAGGGUGCCCAGGUACAAACUUCUCCUGGAAGAUCUCUUGAAACACACUAAAGGGACUCACACUGACUACAACAAAUUAAAAGCUGCAUCUGCGGAGGUUGUCUCGGUAACGAUACACAUCAACGAGCAUGUGCGAAGACAUGAGAAUUUCAUGAAGAUGCUCUCUAUUCAACAGAGCCUGGUUGGACCAAGCAUACCAAGUAUUCUCUCUCCUGCCCGCAGCUUCAUUUACGAGGGGGGGCUCAUGAAGGUGUGCCGAACAUUCAAGUACAAGAAGGCCAGUGAACGGAUGGUGUUCCUGUUCUCAGAUGUCCUCAUCUACGCCAAGCCAACCAGAACCGAGAAGAAGAAUAUAGAAAGGUGCUAUGAUUGCCGGUGUGUGUUGCCCCUCCUCCACUCCACAGUGAGGCUCCUCAGUGAAGAUGAGAGAGCACCUGACAUCACACGGCUGAUUGAGAUCUCCAACGGUGACACGUCUUUUGUGUUCUACUCAUUGGACCCUGGGACAGUGACCAAGUGGGCGGAUAAAAUACACAACACUAUCAGGGAGCUGCAGGAUAAAUACAGUUCACUACUAAGUCAGCAAGAUGCACACAGACCCACUCCCACUCCGUCCAACUCCACUAGUAGAGGAGAUGAGAACAGUGGAGCACCACCGCAGCUGUACCUCAACACACUCACUAAAGAUACACCCUACCCACUGAUGGCUACCCUGUUCUCACCACUACUCAAAGACCACCACCCCAAACAGGGCACACCCACAUUGGACAAUACUCCUCACACUUUAGUACGUAACAAUCAGACUACUACUGACCAUAGAAUGACUGAGGCCCAGAGCAGUGAACAUCUCACAUCAACUAACAAUGAAGUAAAUACAGGUACUCACUUCUUGGAAGCAAUGGUGGAGUUGAAUGACUCUGAGAGUAGAGACACUGACCAACUGAUUGAAGAUAAGAGGCAGCCAGAUGUCCGGUCACUCAGCACAAUAUAUUCUCAAGAGAACAAUUAUUUGACGUCUAGAUGCUGUACAGUACUCUAAUCCAUGUGUGUGUGAAUUGAUUCACGUCACAGUGCGUCACGCGACUUAGCAAGGCAGGCUCUCCUGCAUGACAUGUUCUCAAAUUCC